AUGUGCAAGCGCCGUGGUGAGGACCGGGCUGGACGCGAGCAGCCUCUCCACAGGUGGGAUCCCGACCGGCCGGAUGACGACCAGCGAGUGCACAAGCUCGCACGAGCCGCGGAGCCGCCGGCAGGCGGAGGACUCGGCAAAAAGUCUUCAAUCCUGGACUAUGUCAAGGAGGAAGCCGCCCGGCGAGAGUCGGACGCCGCCGCGCCAAAGACCAGCGGCGGUCUCUCCGGCAGCCGCACCCUCUCGCACGCCGACCGGAUGCUGGCAGAGGCGAGCGCCUUUCGGGCGGCGGCGACUCCCUCGGCGCCGACAGAGCCUGCGCCAACUGCCGCCACUUCCUCUACCGCAGCGGCGCCGGCGUCUGCGGGAGGUGCGCGGGAGCAGAGCGGCUCUCCCGGCGGGGCGGGCGGGGCUUGCGAGGAGGAGGCACGAGGGAGCUUCGUCCCCGCCACCGGCUUCGAGGGCGCCCGCGCCGGUUGGGUCUUCAAGACGGGCGCCGAGGGGCUCGGGUACUACCAGGAGGCGCGAGCAGCUGCGGCGUGCCGCAGCGUCGACGCGUUCGAGAAGCUGCACAAGAUCGACGAGGGGACGUACGGGGUGGUGUACAAGGCGCGCGACCGGCAGAGCGGCUCAGUGGUCGCCCUCAAGCAGGUCAAGAUACUAAACAGCCGCGAGGGCUUUCCGGUUGUGUCAAAGGACAAGAUGUUCAUGGUAAAGCGAUUGCUGCUCGACCUCACCUCCGCGCUCGCGUACUGCCACGAGCACUACGUCCUACACCGCGACCUCAAGACGUCCAACCUGCUGAUGAACAACCGCGGCAAGGUCUGCAUUGCUGAUUUCGGUCUUGCGCGGAAAUACGGAGACCCGCCUAAGGAGUACACGCAGCCGGUGGUGACGCUGUGGUACCGCGCGCCAGAACUGCUGCUCGGUGCCACGACGUACUCUGCGCCCAUCGACGUUUGGUCGCUCGGCUGCAUCUUUGCAGAGCUCGUCCUGGGCGCGCCUCUGCUGGCCGGCCGCGGCGAGAUUGAUCAAAUCUCGCAGACGUUCAAGCUGCUCUCCACGCCGACCGAGGAGAGCUGGCCGGGCGUCUCGAAGCUGCCCAACUGGAGCAAGGUGUCUUUCCGGCCGCAGCCGUUCGCGCGGCUCCGCGAGAAGUUCACGCGCGGCGCUUCCUUCACCUCGUCGACGGCCAUGUCCAAUCACGGGCUCGCGCUGCUGGAGAAGAUGCUCAGCCUCAACCCUGCGGCGCGCGUGACCGCGGAGGGCGCGCUGCGGCACCCCUAUUUUGCCGAGGACCCGCCGCCUAAGGCCCACCUGACGCUCCCCUGA